GCCGGGAUAUAUGAAGUUUUCGGCGGUAGUGGAGCCGGUUCAGCGCUGGUUGACUUCUUCCCUAUCUCCGGUGUGGCGAAACCUUCGUUCACGACUGCCAUGAUGCAAGAUUGUCUGAAGAAGGGCGCUCUGACCAGCGAAGAUGAGAUUGUGAUCAAGGGCACUGCUGGAACACUCUACGCAGCGGGUACUGACACGACUUUGACGUCGAUUAUGGUCUUCAUCCUUGCGAUGGUGCAACCUCCUGACAUCUUUCAGAAAGCUCAAGAGGAAGUCAUUCAAGUUGUCGGAGAGACCAGGCUCCCGGAGUUCAACGAUAGGACAUCGCUGCCGUAUCUCGAGAACAUCAUCACAGAGGUGUACAGGUGGUAUCCCGCAGUUCCUAUAGGGGUCCCGCAUCUAGCAUCGGACGAUGAUGUGUACCGUGGCUACUACAUACCGAAGGGCUCCAUGACUAUCCAACAUAUGGGCAAUGUUCCAUGACCCAGAAGUAUACCCGGAGCCAGAGAUGUUCAAGCCUGAGCGGUUUGCAAACAUAGACACCGACCGUGGCGAUGAUCCGAACCUGGGCGACCCGCGGAAGAUAGUAUUCGGCUUCGGACGAAGGGUUUGUCCAGGACGAUACUUCGCCGACAACAGUGUCUAGAUCGUUGCAGCUUGUAUCAUUUCGACGAUGAGCAUCCGUAAAGCGCGGGACGCACGUGGGGAGGAAAUCACACCAUCGCCGAAGUUUCACA